UUAAUGGAGGCCGGUGAGCUAGAUAAACUUGCUCCGAGUGUGAAGACAGUGCUUGUCGCUCUACUGACUGUGCAUCACGAAAAGGACACAGUGAAUGUUGUCGAACAGUGGAAAAGCGUUUUGAACAAUCGUCCUGAUGGCUGGGAUUUAUUGGAACGCAUGGACUGUCCCGCUCCAGUCGUCGCGAAACUGUUGUUUGACUGGCUAACUCACUUGAAGUCUCCAGUAGUACGCGUCCAAGAUUUUCAUUUGAUUGACGUUUCCAGCGCUGCUAACGUGAUCGAAGCUAUGGAACCCCUAGAAACGAUCCUAAGUAAACCUUUUAAAGAAGCCAUUUUCUGCGAGUACAACUAUGAACUCCACUCCACAGUGUUUAGAACACGAAAAAGGGAGAAACACUACGCGGCACGAGGCAGUCUGUAUUGGUUUUACGCUAUUCGUAAUCGGUACACAAAAUCAAACAAUGAAUAA